AUGGAUCUGGAUAACCUGUCCUCGAAUUGGAAGAGGUUGCAGUCUACCCUCAAGGCCUCCGAACAGAGCCAGCCCUCGCCGAAACUCCCGACCGAAAAUGGCGUGAAACGGAAACGUGAACGUCAACCCAAGAUUUCCAGGCCUUCUGCGCUGGUCCCGAACCCUAGAAAGAGGCUGCGUAUCGAGAGGAACAUGGCUCAGGCUAGCCACUCUGCAACAAGAACAAAUACCAUAGAAGCGGUGGAGGCUUCGGACGCUGGCCCACGCCCUAGAGUGCCGGAUCGGGAAACAACGGAGAGUGUGAAUGCUGGGUUGUCCAGUUCCGUUGAACUGGGUAAAUAUGUUGCCAUUGACUGCGAGAUGGUUGGCGUAGGACCUAACCCAGACCGGGAAUCUGCGCUGGCGCGCGUCAGUAUCGUCAACUACAAUGGCGAUCAGGUCUACGACUCUUAUGUCAUCCCGGUCGAGACUGUCACAGACUGGAGAACGCAUGUCAGUGGGAUUGCUCCGAAACACAUGAAGUUCGCCCGAACACUGAAGGAGGUUCGAGCAGAGGUGGAAGGGAUUCUAAGAGACAGAAUCAUCAUCGGCCAUGCGAUUCGACACGAUCUUGAAGCGCUUAUGAUAACCCAUCCGAAAAGAGAUAUCCGAGACACAGCUCGACACCCACCUUACCGGAAAUUGGCCGGCGGUAGUUCUCCCAGAUUGAAGAUCCUUGCGUCAGAGUUGCUGGGACUUGAGAUACAGGAAGGAGAACAUUCAAGCGUCGAAGAUGCCCGGGCGUGCAUGCUGCUCUUCCGACGGGACAAGGCUGCUUUCGAACGGGAACAUGCAAAGAGAUGGCCUUCACGACCUACCACCGAGACACACGAGACCGCUGACGGCACAGGGAAGCCGCGGAAGCCAAACAAAAAGAAGAAAAAGAAACGAUGA